AUGUCUGUCGGGCCGGCGACCAGUCGCCAUGCUGACGAAGAAGCUCGUGCAGAGGUCGAUGUGCUCAACUCGCGACUCGAGAAGACGGCUCAAUUAACCAAGAAGAUCCAAGCAUGCAUGGGAAGGUUGGAGUCCACCGGCAAGAGCGUCAAAGAAGUAGCAGGUCCUCUCAGUGGAGAAACGAAGAAGCUCCAGGUCUUGGGCAACAACAUCGAUUCUGUCCUCGCAGCCAUCGAACGCCUCCGUCAGCCCGCCGAUAGUAAGAAUGACGAAGAACAGAUCAUACGUGCCGGCCCGGACAAGGCUGGUCUUUCCAACUACCUCGCCUCAAUCAAGCGCCUCUCCAAGUCGCUUGAAAACAUGCAGGCCUCCAACCUCCGGGCAAACCAACAGACAAUGGCUGAGCUUGUCCGCUUAAUCAAGUCAGGCAACUCUCAGCUCGAGGGCCAUUUCGAUAGACUGUUGCGAGGAGAAACCCCACGAUCGAUCGAACCGCUACACUACAUCACCAAAGAUAUGCCAUUCCCUGUACUGUCCCAAGACAAGGUGACACGCCUCGGCCUAGUCAACUCGUACAUCUCAAGCACCCAUCGCCAGAAUGCUGGUGCCGCUGCUGCCCCACAAGACUCGACCAUUGCCAAGAUUUAUGCUGAAGUACGCGGGCCCUAUCUUUCCUCCACCUUGGCCAAUCUGGCUGCUGCCAGCGUCAACACGACGAAGAAGAAAAACCCCGAUGCCAUCUACCGCGCAGGCACCAACGGCAUCGGUACAUACGCGCAGGCCAUGGAGGGCGCGUUUUUGGCCGAGUACGACAACAUUUGCAGUAUCUUCACCCGUGAAGAUUGGGGCCCCCUUUUCCAAGCCACGUGCCAGAGCGCUAUGGCUGAACUUGCACGUACUCUUCGCGAACUGAAUAACCACAUCAAGGGACAUUUGGACACAGACUGCUACCUCGCCUACGAGAUCACCGAGAUCAUGUCUGGCCUCUCAAGCAACCUGGAGACGCGUACAGGCGAGCUAAAGUCUUCACUUGCCUCAGCCCUUAGGCCUGUGCGAGAGACUGCUAAGCUUUCAUUGGGAGAACUGUUGGAUGACACGAAACGAAAGAUUGCUGGCAUGCAGACACUUCCACAAGACGGUGCGCCGAUACCCGUUGUAUCGGCCACAAUGCAGCGACUGCAGACCAUGGUUGAAUUCCUACGGCCCGUCUCCAGUAUUAUGUUCUCUCUAGGAGAUGGGGGAUGGAGAUCGAAUGCUGCAGCCGAUGGACGAUCGACCGACGCAAUCCCCAGUCUCGCUUCCUUUGAUAUUGGUGCAGACGGGAAAGAAAUCUUCUCACACUACUGUUCAGACACAGUCGAGAUGCUCAUGGCAGGACUGGACUCAAAGGCCAAGAUGGUCCUCAAGGGUGGCCGAGCUGUCAUCGGCGUCUUCCUGGCUAACAGCGUUGUCAUCAUCGAACGAAUGAUUCGUGAUUCUGACCUCGCACCACUCCUCGAGGGUCGGAUGAGCAUGCUAGACCAAUGGCGCAAGAAAGCGACAGGCAUGUACACGAUGGAUUGCAAAGAGGUCUCAACACACUUGUUCGAUGUCAUCCACACGAGCAAAGCAAGACCCCAGUCCGGACAGGCUGAUUCUGCCUCAAUUCUCAAGGGCCUUAGUAGCAAGGACAAGGACAACAUCAAGAGCAAGUUCCAGGCAUUCAACGCCUCCUUUGAUGAGAUGGUGAGCCGGCACAAGACGUACAAUAUGGAAAGGGAGGUGCGCCAGAUGCUUGCAAGAGAUAUUCAGCAGAUGCUCGAACCCCUUUACAACCGGUUCUGGGACCGUUAUCACGAGGUCGACAAGGGCAAGGGCAAAUAUGUCAAAUACGACAAGUCUGCAAUUGCCGCUGUCUUCAUGACGCUCUAUUGA